AUGGCCCCCCUCCUUCAAGUGCUUUCCAUAACCAUAGCUGCCUUUUCGGCGUGCUUUUAUAUCUCGCUCCCGUCACUACUGUCACUGGUAGCAGGGCGCGUGGCUAUUGACAAGACAAGAUUGAUCCGAUGGGAGAAUGCGACGGACCUCAACAAUGCCGAGUGCAGAGUGGACAGACUUGCCAAUGCUUGUGAGGACGUCAAAGUCCAUUUCCAAUCUUCCACGGCCUUUCUGGCUUGCGGUGACCCUGUCCAGAGGACGAAAUGGUAUCCUCCGGCCUGCAUACGCACCGUGGAAAAGCGUGCGUCGUUCCGAGAGCACAUCUUCAAAUACGAUAUCAUUCGAGGGCAGACCACUGAGCUCCAGCUUGAUGGACUGGUUAAGGACGAUGAUUUUGUCACUCACGGUAUUGAUAUCUGGCCGAUCUCGGAUGACAAGAUUCAUAUCUUUGCCGUCAAUCAUGCGCGGUCUGGGGACUCCAUAAUCAUCUUUGAGCACCUUCUAGGCUCCAACCGUGCUCACGUCGUCAUGAAUGUACGACACGAUAAUAUUUUGACUGCGAACGGAGUGGCAGCAACUGGACCUUUCACAUUCUACUUCACCAACGACCACUACUUCGAGAAAGGUCUUCUCCGAGACCUCGAGGACCGGUGGGGCCCCUGGGCAGGAGCCUCUCAUGUUCAGUUUUGCGAUGCAAGCAGCAAAGUGUCCAAUUCUGUUCCUGGAGCCAAUGGUUUGGCGGUCGACGGUGAUCAACUCUAUCUAGGGGACUCGAAAAACGGUACCAUAGCGGUAUAUGACAUAGUCUCGGAGCACAAGCUCAAGCGUACCCAUGUCGUCGACCUAGGCGCUGCUGCUGACAACAUACGAAUCCUACCCGGUAGCGGUGAUCUUAUCGUAUCAGUGUUUCCCACGCUAGAAAACCUGCCCCUGUAUCUCUCAAACGUGGAGAAACUCGGCAAAGAUUUCAAAGUCCCAGCCGGCAUUCUUCGGUUGCGCCGCGAUCGGGACUUUCUACCAGAGAUGAUUUACUAUGA